AUGUGUUACUACGGCAGCUACUAUGGAGGUCUAGGCUACGGCUAUGGUGGCCUAGGCUGUGGCUAUGGCUGUGGCUAUGGCUGUGGCUAUGGCUGUGGCUAUGGCUGUGGCUAUGGCUGUGGCUAUGGUGGCUAUGGUUAUGGCUGCUGCCGCCCACUGUGCUGUAGAAGAUACUGCUCCUGUGGAUUCUAUUGA